AUGAAGAGCUCAUCCUCUGUUCGCUGGCAACUCCUCCUUUCCAAGGGUAAGUUGGGCUUUGUCAUAUCUCCAGCCCUACUCGAUCGUGGACUCAUGUGGUAUAGUCCUCGUCCCAAUGGAGCCUGGGACCAUUCGAAUCCUCACAACAAUGUUCCGAGCAACUGGAGCUCAUGCUCAGAGUCGGCGGAAAUCCCAACAGCUCCAGUCCCAUACAUAUCUUCGUCCUCAAUCACGCCAUCAACCACGAGCUUGACUCAUUGGUCGAACAGCCAAACGACAGAAUGUACAGAGUCUACAACAACUUCUUCCAAACCUCCCCCUUACUCCCCGACCAGCAAAACGACAGAAUGGGCAGAGUCGUCAAGUACUCAUCCUGAACCUCCGCCUUACUACCCGACCUCAUCAACGUCUGACCAUUGGCCUGAAGAGACUACUUCAUGCACAGAAUCGACAGAAGUCCCCACAAUUCCAACAACCCCCACGACUGUAGCUCCAGAGCAGCCAACAUGGCCAACUACUGCGGCUCAGACACCGUGCUCCACGGAGAGCUGGAGAGUGCCACCUCCUCCACAAUCAAGCAGCAGUCACAGCAGCAGCCCUGCACCUCCGCCUCCGCCUCCGCCUCCCUCCAGCAGUGUAUGGACUAAGCCUCCUCAUCCAACCGAGACCGAUCCUUGGAGCGUCGCUGUAGUCCCACCUCCAUCAAGCACGACCACCAUAACCAUAACCUCUGGAACCACGACUCGUUUCCACACGAGCUUCGUUGAAUGCACCGAGUCGACUUGGGGCCCUCAGCCUAGCCAUCAAAGUGCGAGCUGGAGCACAUCCGUGCCCGCACCACUUCCAACAACUUCCUGGACCUCAACUCCAGCACCACCACCGCCAUCUAACACCACUUCACACCCUGAUGCUCAACCCACGACUCCAAGCUCGUCAGUGUCCUGGACUGAGUCAACAAUAACGGGUCGUAGGCCAACGCCAUCUUCCCGCUCCACCCAAGGCCCCGAAAUCCCACAGAAUUCCAUGGCAAGCGAGAAGACAAUGUCGCGGAUUUUGGUUAGCGUUGCACUCGCUGCCAUUAUAGCUUGGGUCGACGUUGACGAUGAUGAGUCCAAACGCGCCAUAUCACCUCUUUCUCUCAGAAUCGAGGAGGCUGGGCAAAAUAAGGAGGAGUAUGAAGGCGUUAAAAUUGGAUCUGUGGGAAUGAGGCAGAAGGUGGUGUUAGCAAGAAGUAUUCGAAAAAAAAACCCCAAAUAUUAUUUGUUGAUUGCACUGAUCUCGCUCUGA